AUGAAUGCAUUAAUAUGGAAUAUUAGAUCAGUGAACACCAAAAAAGCUUUCAAAAGGCUUUUGUCAAUGCAUAGAAAACACAGAUUCUUCCUUAUAGGUUUGAUGGAGCCUUUUCAACAACCUUAUAAAUUGGAUAGUUAUAGGAGAAGGUUAGGCCUGGAAACUGCAUUAUGCAAUGUUUUAGGCAAAAUAUGGGCCUUUGUGGAUGCUGAAUAUGAAGUAAAUGUGCUUGUAGAUAGUGUCCAGCAAAUCACUUUGAAGUUGUCAAACUCCAACAAUAACACAGUGAUGAUUGGUACAUUGGUGUAUGCCAAAUGUGACAGGACUGAAAGAAUAGAAUUGUGGGAAUCCUUGUAUCACUUAGCAUCAGACAUGACACUACCUUGGCUUGUGGGAGGAGAUUUUAAUGUCAUUGUUCAUGAAGAAGAGAAAUAUGGGGGUCUGCCUGUUACACUGAAUGAAGUAGAAGCUUUUAGGCAUUGCAUUCAAUCAUGCAAUCUCUCAGACCUGGGCUACAAAGGUAAUAUUUUCACUUGGUGGAAUGGGAGAGGUGAAGAUGAUUGUGUAUUCAAGAGACUAGAUAAGUGUUUGGGCAGCUUUGAACUUCAGCAGCUGUUUCCAGGAUUAGAGAUCACACAUUUUAUCAAGUGUGGUUCAGAUCAUUCACCACUACUACUUGAAUGCAAAUAA